AAAUCCCAAACUUUUGUCUAUCAGAGCCGCCUCCAAAACCUCUCUCUCUGUCUCUCACUUCUUCUUCCUCCUCCUCACGACGGCGACAAUGGCGACGCUCACUCAUCACACUCCACAGACCCAUUUCCUCUCUAGGCUUCCUCUCAGGGCUAAACCCAGAGUCUUCUCCACAAGGGUCAAAAUGUCUCUCCAGGAAUCAGGGCCUUCUCUCGCCGUCGUUGGCGUUACCGGCGCCGUAGGACAAGAAUUCCUCUCAGUGUUAUCCGAUCGAGAUUUCCCUUACAGCUCCGUCAAGAUGCUGGCAUCGAAACGCUCCGCAGGGAAACACGUUGCCUUCGACGGCCGUGAAUACACGGUGGAGGAGCUCACGGCGGAGAGCUUCGACGGCGUCGACAUCGCCUUGUUCAGUGCCGGCGGAUCCAUAAGCAAAGAGUUUGGUCCCCUCGCGGCGGAGAAAGGAACCAUCGUCGUUGACAAUAGCUCGGCGUUUAGAAUGGUGGAGGGCGUUCCGCUUGUGAUUCCGGAAGUGAAUCCUGAGGCGAUGAAAGGGAUUAAAGUCGGAAUGGGGAAAGGUGCAUUGAUUGCGAAUCCUAAUUGCUCCACCAUUAUCUGCUUGAUGGCUGUAACUCCUCUUCAUCAUCACGCCAAGGUGAAGAGAAUGGUGGUUAGUACAUAUCAAGCAGCUAGUGGUGCAGGUGCUGCAGCCAUGGAAGAGCUUGUGCAGCAGACUCGCGAGGUUUUAGCGGGUAGACCUCCGACUUGUAACAUCUUUGGGCAGCAGUAUGCAUUCAACUUGUUUUCGCAUAAUGCUCCUAUUACUGACAAUGGUUACAACGAAGAGGAAAUGAAACUUGUGAAAGAGACAAGGAAGAUCUGGGUGAGUUGUUACUUAUUGAGCUAUUUUGUGUUCAUUUCACUGUGUCUUUGUAAGUUUUAUUGUGUUAAGAGGCCCUCACCACUUUUGUUGGUUUGCUCUUUCCAGAAUGACACAGAAGUUAAAGUAACAGCGACGUGUAUACGUGUUCCUGUUAUGCGUGCUCAUGCAGAGAGUGUGAAUCUCCAGUUUGAGAAUCCCCUUGAUGAGAACACAGCAAGGGAGCUCUUGAAGAAAGCACCUGGAGUUUAUAUUAUAGACGAUCGCUCUUCUAACACCUUCCCUACUCCACUUGAUGUCUCUAACAAAGACGAUGUUGCGGUUGGUAGGAUCAGGCGAGACGUGUCUCAAGAUGGCAAUUUCGGGCUGGAUAUUUUCGUUUGUGGAGAUCAAAUACGCAAAGGAGCUGCUCUAAACGCUGUUCAGAUCGCUGAGAUGCUUCUCUGAUUUCGAAUUCCUCACUUUGGCUUCUUCUGAUUUUGACUAGAGAGAUCAGUGUAUCAUCAGAUUUGAGCCAAGAAUUUGUCUCAUUUUUUUUUUUUUGUGGGGUUUUCCUGUUUCCCUAUUUGACCAAUUUUGUUACUUCUCUCUCAUUCAAGAAAGUUGUCUCUGAAACCUGAAUCAUCCCCACGUUUUGAACCUUGCCGAUUUCCGGUUCGAACCAAUACCGGCUUGGUUAAUGGAAGA